AUGAUGAGUGUGGACGAUUCUGUGUUCCGCAAUGUUAACAUGCGCGACCUGAUCACGCGCGCGGCGCACGAGCCGCCGCGGUCUGCUCUGUACGAGUACGUCAAGUCGCUCAAGAGCGAGAAUUGUCAGAGCACACCUCUGUCGCUGGCGUCCGACGACUCGUUGGACUCCACCACACACUCCAUGUACAACAGCAUGGCGGACAACUUGUCGGAGUUGGGCGGCGCUACUGAGGAUACCGAGACACGCGACUUAAUCUACAAGCUGUGUCACUCGCUGCACAAGAAGGCAGUGCAGAAGAUCGAGGGUUCCCGGCAGCAUCGCCAGAGGUCGGUAGAGGUGGACGCGGAGCAUGAGAAGAACAUGUCACAUAUCGGAGACUGGAUGCCGCUGUUGCACCUCUUCGACCCGCAGACGUUCUAUGCGCUGCGAGGCACCCCCAUGACGCUUGGCACCACUACUGAGCGUCCGCUCAGCCUUAACGUGGCAGAAAACCCGAAGGAGGCUUCGCAGCUGCUCUUGGGCGAGCUAGACGUCGAGAAGCUGUCGGGCGGCAACAGCAACCACGUGUACCGCCUAGCACACCCCGACUUCCCCGGCAAGACAGUACUGCUGCGCGUGUAUGGCAGCGGUGACAGCGAGGCGAUUGAUCGAUUCCGCGACGUGAUGGCGAUGCGCGAGAUGAGCCGGGCGAGGCUGAGUCCGGCCGUCCUGCACUCCUUCAAGUGGGGCCGUGUCGAGGAGUUCAUGGAAAACGUCGCGACGUGCUCGACGGAUAUGCUGCUUCGUAGUCCAACCCUGCUGGCGGAGGUGUGGUUGCUGGUACGCAAGAUGCACAGCCUACCGUACGCCUCCUUCCUCCCGCAGAACGUCAACAAGGAGAAGAUCCGCCACUUACUGCACCCGGUUCUCGCACACUGCCAAUACGCCACCCCUGAGGAAUACUGCGACCUCUUAUCGACGCGCCUGAAGAAAGUGGUGCUGGCGAAAAAGAGCGACUACUACCUUGACAACACGAGUCAGAAGCUGAUGGAGGACGCGUGCCCGUCCUCCUUCGAGCGCACAUGCUUCCGCUUCCUGCGGCUCACCAGCAACCUAAUUCUGGAGUCCUACCGCGCCUCCUUCGUGUUCUUCAUUAGCGCCGAGGUGAUGCUGCUGCGCGAGCUCCUCAUGAAGCGGGCGGUGCCGCUCGUCUUCUCGCACAACGACUUGAACCCGGGCAACAUCCUCCUGGCGUGGCGCAAGGUGCCGAAGGAGAUGCGCCCGCAGGCUGCCAACGACGAGGAUGAAGAGGACGAGGUGAUGCCGGUGACCUCUGACCAGUCCACGGCCUUCAGUCGCAAAUUCCUGUCCAAGAAGGGCCAUCACCGGAACCUCGUGGACAUGAAGGGCAUCAUCUUCAUCGACUUCGAGUACACGGACGUGAACUACCGCUGCUUCGAUCUUGGCAACACGAUCUGCGAGCUCGACUACGACUACACCCGCGGCACCGCCGAGGGUGAGCCUGGCUUCAUCAAGUACCACUACACGUUUCCCCCGGAGGAGUACAGGGAGCAGUGGAAGGGGUACCCAAUGACGUACCCGCGUUGCCAGGAGCUCAUCUACACCACAUGGGAGAAGAGCGAACAGCAUCGCCAGCGACACGGCGGCGAGGCACCGCCAGCGCCGGCGCCGUCGGAGAUGCAUCUCGGGCAUAUCUGCUUGAAAGGGCUUCAGGCAUACUUCGCGGCCGCGGCACCCGCCGGCACCGCUCGCGACGCCACCACCCCGAUCACCCGUGACGAGCUCACGGAAGUGUUUAUUGGCACCAUGUGCUCGCACCUCAGCUGGUCGCUGUGGUCCUUCGUGAUGUGCGUCAAUCCUGACGUGUGCACCAACAACGCUAGCGAUGACCUCUUCGCCAAAGGGAGUAGCGGGCUCGACUACAUCUACUACGGCAACUGCCGCUUGCAGGAGUACGUGGCGCUGAAGCAAUGGAUGCGAGACAAGCAGCUUAUCUGA